UCUUCCUAUUGGUUGCAUACUCAGUGUGAAUUGUGGAUCAAUUCAAUUGCCACAAAAAUAUUAAAUGAUUUGAGUACAUAAAGGAAGUGAGGGUCAAUCUAGAUCCUCAUGACCAAUAUGAUUCAAAAUGAUAUGCCUUAUGUGUAGUGUGUAAAUGUCUUUCGUGAAUUAUUGAGGAUGAUUAUUUUCCAAUGAUUAUUGCAUCUUGUAGACGAUCGUUGCACCUUCGUAAACGAUUGUCGUGCCUUCGUAAAUGAUGUGUAUUAACGUGAACAUUGUUGGUUGAGGCGAUCUUUAUGGUCAAGUAUUAAAUUGUAUGGGAUAAUGUAUAAGUGGUGUUUCAAACCUAAAAUAGAGUAUACUAAUUGCAGGUCGCGUUCUAGAAUGGCCAACAACAAUGAUCUAGCUGCUGCGAUUCGCCUCUUGGCGGAAAAGCUAACCCAGGAGAGAACUGAACGCCCUGAUUCUACAGGGGAAAUGUUUGAAAGACUUUCUAAGGUUAAGCCACCGUAUUUCAAGGGGCAAGCAGAUCCAACCUUCCUGGAAAACUGGAUUAGGGAAUUUGAGAAACUAUUUGAGGCUGUGAGUUGCCCUGGGAGUAUGAGAGUAAGUCAAGCCGUUCUUUACCUGAAAGAUGAGGCCGACCUUUGGUGGAAGGAAAAUGGAACUAGACUAAGUGCUGUCGAGGGAUUCAAUUGGGAUUCAUUUAUUGUUGCCUUGAGGGGGAAGUUUUAUCCUCCUUUUAUGAGAAAACAGAAAGCGCAGGAGUUCAUCAACCUUAGGAUGGGGAAUAUGACUAUUGCUGAAUACUAUAGCAAGUUUAUAGCUUUGUCGAGGUUUGCACCUGAGGUGGUAGCUACUGAGGAGCUAAAGGCUCAAAGGUUUGAGCAAGGACUGACUGAUGAAAUUCAAUUGGGAUUAGGUGGAGAAACAUUUACAUCCUUAGACAUAGUGUAUGGGAGAGCUGCUCAUAUUUAUGGUCUGCAGUCUAGAAGGGAAAAGAAAACUGUGGUAAUUGGGGAAAAGAGAAAAGAUUUUAAUGCUGGGGGUAACCAAGAAAACUUUAAAAGGAAUAGAAACGGAAAUGGGAAUGGAAAUGGAAAUUUCCAAGGAGGAGACAAUCAGGGGCACCAAAACAACUCGAACCAAUCUAAGAGAGUGCAUCAUUGCAAAAUGUGCAGUAACAAUCACCCUGGUAAGAACUGCAAGGGAGAAUUAGUGACCUGCAACUAUUGUCAGAAAAGGGGGCAUAGAGAGUAUGAGUGCUUCACUAAGCACAGAAAGGAACAAAAUAGUAAUGGAGGUGGAAACCAAGUGAGGUUUAACCAGUCUGGAGGUCAAAAUUCAAAGCCUGGAGGGGCACAAAACAAUCAAGAAAACUAUAAUAAGCCUGCAAAUGAUCACAACAACCCGGAUAAGGCUCCAGGAAAGUUGUACAUGAUGAAUCAGAAUGAAAAUGAACGAUCUACCGAUAUAGAUUCUGGUACUUUUCUAUUAACUCCGCGCAAGUUAAGCAGUAUUUAAUUCGUGGUGACUUGUUCUUUUGUUUCGUCAUCUGUUGUGAAAAGUCUAAAGUUAGUAGUUUUAGUGAAAUAGGAAUUUUGAGGAUAGAAUUCGUCGAAAGAGAAUUUUAGUUAGCUAUUCCCUGAGGUGAGUUACGAGGGCGUAACUCGUUUUCUUUAAGGGGGUAGAAUGCGAUAGAAAUUCGCGCUUUUUACCUAUUUUAUGGCAUUUUUAUGCAUUUGUAUGCUUAUUUUAGCAAAUUUUACAAGUUUAGGCAAAGCAAAUAGACUCUCUGCAUAAGAAAAGGUGUUCAUGAGUAACACAAACAGCUUUGAGUUGGCAAAAGAGUGCACAUAGGUGGCACAAGUACUUCUCUAGUAAGAAUAAGUUAAAAGUUUUUGGGGAAAAAUGUGGGAAAUUUCGUGUCAAGUUUCGGGACGAAACUUCUUUUAAGAGGGGUAGAUUGUAAUCCCCCGUAAAUUUAUAAAUUUUAUUAAUAUAUUUUAACGUACAUUAUUUAUAUUUAAAUAGAAUUUAUGAAUUUUAAGUAAUAAAUAUAUAAUUAACGUAUAUUUAUUUUAUUUUAAGUACGUUCUAAAUAUUUAACGAUUUUAGAACUUUAUUAUAUAUUUAAUGUAUAUUUAAUUUUAUUUAAAUAUAUUCUAAAUAUUUUAACGGUUUGUACAAUAAAGAAUAAUUUUAGAAUUUUAAGUUAAAAAGAAUUUGAAUUACGAAAAUCGAUUGAAUUUAGAAAACGAUCAUAUUUCGGUUUUGGAUUCGAAUCCUAAAAUUAAACUCCUAACUCUAGCCCAAUUGGUGAAGCCCAAAGUAAUAAAACCCAAACUACCUACUCCCUUCCUCCUCAACUUCACGUGAAAACAAAAACCAAAAACCCUCCCCUCAUCUUCUUCCCUUGCUUCACGUGAACCCUCAACACUCCAGCCUCAGCCGCCGGCCGCCGCCACUACAAGCCGGACCACCGCCGUCGCCGCUCACGUGAACCAGAACCACCGUGCGUCGGCCACCAGCUGCGCCACCGCCACUGCUCAGCCGCGAACUUCACCUCCUCACUCCCUUCUCCUUCGCGCAAGUACUCCUCUUUGAUUCUUUCUUGCGCACAGCCAUUGUGCUGCCAACCGCACCACCGUCGAGCGCAACCACCACCUGCCCGGCUGCAUCCUGCCGUGUCACCCAGUUCUCCUGACCACCGGCCGCUGCUGCGCCUCCCUUGCCGCCGACCAACACCCUUUGAAUCUUUUUUGGCGGAGAAUUCUUUGUGGGCGAUUUUUGAAUUCGUUAAAGUGGCCUAUCAGUUUGUUUACACAAGUCUCUAAGGAUCAAUAAGCGUUGCCCAUCUACAGGUUUGAAGAUGAUGCAUCAUUGGGAUCGGGAUUAGAGAGCUUGUAGUUCUAUUCGUUUAAUUAAGUGAUUUAAUUUGUUAACUUGGAUUUGAAAUUUGUCGUACUAUUCGUAUUUCCUUAAUUCAGUUAAUUGGUUUGGACCUAAUAUGUAAUAGAUUAUUUAUGAACCUAAAGGUUAGUUUUAUGUUUUCCGCUGCAAAAUUCUGAAUAAGCCGUAACGUUUUCACACGGGCGAUAAUACUUUGAUAAUUCCCUACAGUUAUAUUUAAAAAGAGGUUAUUUUAGAAAAUGGGAAUUGUUGGGGUGUUACAAAGUGGUAUUUUUGAGCUAAAGGUUUUACUGACAUUUCGUGUCUACCUUUUAUAUCUUAGGCGCCUAACCAACUAAUUAGUUAUGUAAAAGUAAUUUCACACUAGUGAAUAAAUUUAAAGUUAUUAGCUAGAAAUGUUUGAAUUUAUUUUAAUAUUGACUCUUGAAUCGUGCUUUGAAAUACGUUUUUAUGCGAAUAAAUGUAUUUCGAUUCUUUUGAAAUUUAAAUUAAUAUUUCAAAAAAAAAAAAAAAAAAAAAAAAAAAAAUUUUACUGCUGCUG